AUGCCCGCCUGGGUCAUCGACCGCUACGGGCGCAACGAGGCGCUGCGCUUCACGAGCGGCAUGGCGCUGCCCGCCAUCCGCUUCCCCAACGAGGUGGUGAUCCGCGUGCACGCCGCCAGCCUCAACCCCAUAGACCUGAGCAUGAGAAGUGGUUAUGGUGCCACUGCAUUAAAUAUGAAGCGAGAUCCCCUGAAACUGAAUAGCACAGAGAGUGAAUUUCCACUGACGCUUGGCCGAGAUGCCUCUGGUGAAGUUAUGGAAUGUGGACUAAAUGUGUCUUAUUUCAAACCUGGAGAUAAGGUAUGGGCAGCGAUUCCUCCAUGGAAACAAGGCACUUUGUCAGAGUUUGUUGUAGCUAGUGGAAAUGAGGUGUCUUUUAAGCCCAAGUGUCUUAGUCACACAGAAGCAGCCUCCUUACCCUAUGUAGGUCUCACAGCAUGGUCUGCAAUUAACAAAGUUGGAGGACUGAACAAAGAAAACUGUGCUGGGAAGAGAGUAUUAAUAUUAGGAGCUUCAGGAGGAGUUGGCACAUUUGCUGUACAGCUAGUGAAGGCCUGGGGUGCUCAUGUGACAGCAGUUUGUUCUAAUGAUGCCAGCCCGCUGGUGAAAAAGCUUGGAGCAGAUGAUGUGAUUGAUUACAGAUCUGGAAAUUUGGAAGAACAACUUAAAGCAUUACCUUUGUUUGAUUUCAUCCUAGAUAAUGUUGGUGGAUCCACCGAGAAGUGGGCUCUGGACCUCCUGAGGAAAUGGUCAGGAGCAACAUAUGUCACCUUAGUAACACCCUUCUUAAUCAAUAUGGACAGGCUCGGCGUGGCUGAUGGCAUGUUACGCACAGGAGUCACUAUUGGUUCCAAAACUGUAAAGCAUCUAUGCAAAGGAGUCCAUUAUCGGUGGGCGUUUUUUAUGCCAAGUGGCCCAUAUUUGGAUGAAAUAGCAGAACUGGUUGAGUCUGGAAAGGUAAAUGUUACAGUACACGUGUAAGAGAAACAAU